AUCCUCCCAAUACUUCCUGGUGUGGGCCAUGGUGAGGUCCUCCCCCUUCGAUCGCCUAUCGACUCGGGGAACCUGACAGGCGCCGUCAACCUGCACCAAGGACCGCUGAGAGUUGCAGUCAUGUCGGCAUCUGCUUCGGGGACCAGCAAGGCGGCCCACGGCGAUGCGGGCCAGAAGAAGAAGAAGGGACCCGGCGCCCUGGCUACGGCCUACCUGGUCAUCUACAACGUUGUUAUGACAGCGGGGUGGCUGGUGAUAGCUGUGGGUCUGGUCAGGGCCUAUCUGGCCAGAGGAAGCUACCAUGGGCUGUACUACUCCAUAGAGAAGCCCCUGAAGUUCUUUCAAACUGGAGCUAUUCUGGAGAUACUGCACUGCGCUGUAGGAAUCGUACCGUCCUCUGUGGUCCUGACUGGGUUCCAGGUCAUGUCCCGCGUCUUCCUCACGUGGGCCGUCACACACAGCGUCAGAGAGGUGCAGAGCGAGGACAGCGUGCUGCUGUUCGUCACGGCCUGGACUGUCACAGAAAUCAUCCGUUACUCCUUCUACACGUUCAGCCUGCUCAACCACCUGCCGUACCUCAUCAAAUGGGCGAGGUACACCUUCUUCAUCGCGCUCUAUCCCAUGGGCGUGGCCGGGGAGCUGCUGACCAUCUACGCAGCGCUGCCGUACGUGCAGAAGACGGGCCUGUACUCCGUCACCCUCCCCAACAAGUACAACUUCUCCUUUGACUACUACACCUUCCUCAUCCUCAUCAUGAUCUCCUACAUUCCUCUCUUCCCCCAGCUCUACUUCCACAUGAUUCGACAGAGGAAGAAGGUGCUCGGCCACGCGGAGGACUACAGCAAAGUGGAGUGAGCCGACCACAGUCCGCCGAGAUCCAAAGCAAAACAACCCAGAGAAGAACAAAAGCACGUCUGCUAACUGAAACCCAAAGUCUGAGCAGCUCCCAAGCUGCCAGAGCUGACCUGACCUGGCACAUGAGUCAAUUACUGUAUAAAAACAUUUUAACAUUUGUCCGGGUUGUCUAAAUCCUCACAAGUCAUGAACCUGCUGGUGUUAUUUUUGUGUUGUUUUAAUUUAUGAACAAGCUGAAGAGUCGGACACAGUUGAGCUGCCUCUGUGUGGUGAGCGGAACCAGGUCGGAGACGAUGCACUGAUAGAAUAUAACCUUUAAUGGCACCACAUGAAACCCCCCAUAGACCAAGAGGCAGUUUUGCUUUACUAGGACAUAGAAAAAGAACGAAGCGACUAGGUUAAGUGUAGGUUUUUGGUGUCAGUGUGUGUUCUGUCCAGAUUUGUAUGUUUCUUUGGUUUCCUUCAUUCCUUUCAAUAAGAACAUUGAUCACAUUCCUGAUUUGGUCCAAUAAAUAAUUUCUUUCUGCGCUCGCAUGACUUUCUUGAUGUCGGUUAAGUUGACACUUUAAAAGCUUGUGUCCUUUGAUUUUCUGUGUUUGACGUUCAGGUGACUCACGCAUCACUAACCUGUAGUAGCCAGAAGAUGACGAGUCAUGUUUUUCAUUCCCACAUCCCUCAUCACUUUGUGCCAGGGUACUUUUAGAUUACUUUUAGCUUCAUUAAUGUGAUGUUUUGCAGCUAAUUUAGAUUAAAACGCAGUUUUAGCUUCGUCCUCUCAUUUAUAAACUACACUGUGUGUGUGAGGUGCUAAAAAGCUUUCAUUACAAAAGAUCAAUGAAGUCAUGAUGGAUCACAUGUAAGUUAUUGGACAGCACAACGUACAGUAGCAAAGAUUA